AUGGCAGCCUCAUUACCCCCUGACCUGCGGGUCUUGUGUCGAAAACUCACCUCAAUCCCCCCAACCCAGCUCCCUCACGCGCUGCCAUCUCUCAUCAACCAUGUUCUUCACUGCAAGGAGCCAUUGUCUGCGCCCCAGGAGCGAAAGGUCAAGGACAGCUCCGCCGAGGGCGCUCAGCUGGUCCAUAAGCUCAAGGCCAGCAUCACCACUCACUUGAACGGGCGAAGUCGUGAGGCCAGGUUCACAGCAAUUGGUCUUAUCAAGGCCGUCGUGGACGUUGGUGGAUGGGAAGUUCUACAAGGAUGCAAGCCAUGGGUUGGCGGUCUACUGUCUAUUGUCGAGAAAAGCGAUCCUGUCGCCUCCAAAGAGUUGGCCGUGGUCACUCUCACCAGGAUUUACAUGCUCGUCCAGCCAUACCAGACUCUUGUGAGAGAGAUCGCCACUCCCACUAUCCCAACAUUCAUCACUGCUUGCCUCAAGCUCAUCAAAGCCAACUCUGCCGAGAGUCUGCAAACUCCUCUGUCUGUGGUUGAGACCAUCUGCGACGCCUUCUCUGCCUUGAUACCGCUUUAUCCCACCACGUUCCGCCCCUCUAGCUCCAAAAUAAGAGCUGCUAUCCGGUCAUUCCUCGUUCCCACUCUUUCAGACGACAUCGUUGUUCCCCAGAGCUUGCAGAGGGCUUCACGAAGACUUGUCAUUUCGCUUCACCACGUUGCCGCUAAGUCAGGGGGCAGCGAUGAGUGGGCCAAGCUGGUCGAUCUUCUCCUCAAGGACCUUCAUUCUACAGCCGACCAGGUCUUGAGGGCCGUUGAGGAGUCAUGGGAAGGUUCAAAUGGCUACAGUCGAUCGCGAGUCGAACUUGACGGGGAACCCCAUGGCGGUGGCGCGUCCGCCGAGGAGCUCCCAUCGUGGACGGGUAUCAAUGCUGGCGCUGAUCGCUUGAUCGGCCUGUUUCAUUAUCUCUCAGACUGCCUGCGGUAUCCCACCAAGGCACCUGUCACGAUACCUACUAGUGCCCUGGUCGAUGCUGCCUCUCGAGUACUCCUGAUAGCUAGACUCUCGCCCAAAUCCCAAUCCUGGGAUCAGGCUCUCCCGACCGUUGCUGCCAUCGGCCGAGAGGAGAGAGAGGAGCUCUGGGCUGCCAUGCCAGAUAUUCACAUUGCUGCUCUUCACCUGCUGCAAACUCUGUUCCAACGCCUGGAGCAGAACACGGUGGCUCUGGCCCCUGAGGUCCUUGACCACCUUGUCCGAGUAUUCAAGUCGGGAAUCAACCUCCCCAGCGUGCGAAUGACUGGCUACGCUAUUUUGAAAGAAAUUCUCAUUCUUUCCGGCCCGACACUAUCGAAAUCGUCCGUCGAAAGCCUGGAUCCUCUGCUCGGUGCAUGCUGCAGGGAUCUACAGCAAGACGCUGGACAUCUCAAGGAGUCCGAGAAGCCAGCAGCCUCCACGACAGACCCCAAAAAGAACAGCAUCGCCGCCAAUGCCGAUCUCUUCCUCCAGCCCCAAGCUUCCGCCGUCGUUGCAGCAACCCCUCUUGAGCCAGAGCACGAGGCCGCUGCCUCUGCUCUCCUGGCCAUUAUUCCAUCAUGCCUGCCACAGCGCUAUCUCAAGCCAUCUGUGCGCGGUCUCGUCGACCAGACAGCUAUCGUCACCAGUAACCGCGAUGCCAUGCUCGCGAGCGUCCUCAACCCGUACAAGGAUCAGCGAGGUCGGGUAUAUCCCAGCAUCCUUCCUCACCUGACACAGCAGUUUCCCGACGAUCAAGGGCUUGAGAUUCUACGCACCAACCUUCGCGCUGGCGCUCAGAGCCUGGCUGAGGGUGAGCCACCGCUGGAGGAGCUCCCUGUAGCAGGUGAGGAAGAGGAAGAGGAGGAGGUGCAAGAUGAGGAGAUGAAGGACGACAAUGUCGAGGAAGAGUCAGCUACUAAGAAGACGGGCGAUCUCUUCAAGCCAGCGACUCUACCCACCCCACAGCUCGAGAAGAACCUACCCAUCCAGAGCAACCCCUUUGCGCCCAGCGAAAAGGUCAAAUCCACCACAGCCGACACAGAUAGGAACGCCCGGGCCGGCUCUCCACCCAAACGGAAGCAUGAAGGCUCGGAUCCCGCGCCGCCAAAGAGACAAGUCCUGGAAAAGUCGUCGUCUCCUGAUCGGGUGCUCGCCGCGCCUGUCUCGACUGCUCCAGCCGCAGAGGAGGAGGACGACGACGAUGACGAGAGCGUUCACUUGAACAUGGAGUUGGAUGAUGACGAUGAGGAAGAUGACGACGAAUAG